GUUUAUUCACUUGUUAUUUUUCUCUAUUCUUGUUCAACCUUCAUCUCCAUUACUUUUCUGCACAAGAGACAUGCAAGUUUGAUACAAAUUUGGUAUAAUUUGACAUAGGGAGAAAUAAGUGGUUGUCACAGCUCAUAAGAUGAUCAAUUAUAUAAAUGAUGAUGUCGCUUUAUCUAUUCUAUCAAAAUUGUCUUUCAAAUCUUUGAAACGAUUUGGAUGUGUUCGUAAAUCAUGGUUCCUCUUAUCAGACAAUCCUAAUUUCAUGAGUAUGUAUCGCCACAAUUUCUUCUCCAAAUAUUCUUAUGACGAUGAUACAUCUCUUGUCCUACAUAUCCAUGGUCACAAGAAGUUGUAUUCUUUUUCUGGUGAGGAUUUUGAGAAUAUGGUGGAACUAGAUUGGCCAAAUCAAAUCGACCACUUGAUAUUUCUUGGUUUUGGAUGUCUUAAUGGCAUACUUUGUUUUCUAGACCCUAUUUGGAACAAAAUUGUAUUGUGGAACCCAACUACCAAUGAAUUAAAGGUCAUUCGUCCAAGCCCUUUUGAGUCAUUUUCCGCACCUGGUGCCCUUAACUUUGAUGCAACAGUUAGUUUUAGUACUAUUCCUAAUCUUCAUGGGUUUGGUUAUGACUGUGUUGGAGAUGACUAUAAGUUCAUUCGUAAUACACCGAUUAAACCUAAGUUCCACACUUUUUCGCCAUCUUAUAGAGAUUUAAAAUUAGCGCGAGAUAAAUCAUUAAAGCCCUUUUGGGAGAUUUAUAGCUUAAAAAAUAACUCUUGGAAGAAACUUGAAAUCAAUAUGCCUACUUGUUCUAAGCAUAAUUCUGGUUUUGGGACUUUUCGAGUAUACUUACGCGGAGUAUGUCAUUGGUUGAAUUUAGAUGGAGAAAAUAAUUAUAUCGGGGCAUCUUUAAUUUCAUUUGACUUGAGCAAUGAGAUGUACAUUAGCACACCCGUUCCCUCAUUCGCCGGAGAACAUUGUACAGGAUUGUCGGUGUUAAAUGACUCCAUUGCCCUGUUCACGUAUCAUGAGAAUAUGCGUACUUUUGAGAUAUCUACUUUUGAAAUAUCACUAUUAGGUGAAAUUGGUGUCAAGGAAUCAUGGUACAAACUCUUCACUAUUGGACCACUUCCUUGGUUUAAGAGUCCUAUCGGAAUGGGGAAGAAGGGCGAAAUAUUUUUCAGAAAGAAAGACUCUGAAUUAGUUUGGUUUGAUUUGAACACCAACACGGUUAAACACCUUGGUUUCAAAGCAGUCCGAGUUACUCACCGAGUUAAUCCUGGUUGUCGGAUAAAAGUGAUUUUGAUGUUAAAUGUUGGAUACUCAAAUGGAAUAACUUUGUCUGCUACAGUGAUAUAUGUGAUAUGGUUUCAAGAACUUAGAGCAAUGUCUCAUAUUUUGGCAAUCCUAUUACAUGUUGUUGAGUAUCGUGGUGAGCAAAUAGGAGGUCUUGAGGAUCUGAGGGAACCAUAUAUGUUCUUACAAAUCGGUACUGCGUCUGAAUCUGUUAAUGCAGCUUACAUAUUUUCUAGAAAAGAUCUUUCUCGGCCUGCUAUACAGAUUCCCUGCGCAAGCAAAGCUGUUGUAGCUGUCCGCGCUCAUUCCCUGUGUUUCCGUGAGUUUGACCUUCUCGACGUUGCUGUUCGAAUUGGAGAUCAAGGUGAUAUUGAUGUUGAGAUUGAAUCUUUUACCAUAAAUGAUCAAAAUGAGAAUGAAUCAUGUAUUAGAAAUGAUCAUAAUGAGGGUAUUUGGAUCAAUCCAACCGUCCGCGUUGUUAAAAGAAAAGUAGAACAUAUUCCUACCAAGAAAAGAAAGAGACGUUACUGA